CUUGCCUUCUGUUGGGAUGAGAAAUACAAACCCGACAAACUAUUCGUAUAAAAGUUAAAUAGCUACAUAUUAAGUAAGCACAAGUGGCAUACAGAUAUAUUUUUUGUUAAUAAUAAUAUAUUUGAUUAUUUUGGUUGCUCUCAUAAAUAUUGCUAAGUGUAUUAUGAAAUGAUUGUACGCAUUCAUACAUUAGGUUAAUGAAAAUCAGCGCAAUUGUAUAAAAGGUUGUACCGAAAAACUGAAUUUUUUUAGAAAUAAAUAGCAAUACAUCCUAGUGUGGUAAAACAAAAAACAUCACUUAUACGCCACGAUGGUCAAUCUCGAUUGUCAGUCCAGGCGAAGUACGAAAAUAUCGGUUAUUAUUCUGGGUGGUGCACUAUGCACCGUUAUGAUGGCCUAUUUCGUUUUUGGCGACAAUAACGAUGAACAGGGUCUAAGAAACCUACGAAUGAUCUCGAUUGUUUUUCGGCAUGGUGAGAAGACACCAAGUUCCUUUUACCCCACUGAUCCACAUGCGCUACAUGAAUGGCCGGGUGGUUUAGGAGCACUUACACAGAAAGGCAGUCAACAGGCUUAUAACUUGGGUAAAAAUUUGCGCAUGCGUUACUAUCGUUUACUGCCACCAAACGGUAUUUAUACACAGCAACAGGUACUCGCUUCAAGCUCGGCGGCUGAACGCUGUAUUAUGAGCGCGCAAAGUGUCCUGGCAGGUUUCAUGCCACCACUUGACCACAACAAGGUUUUGCCAAUCCCAUGGCAGCCAGCGGCGGUAAAUGUUAUACCACGAAGUGAAGAUACGCUCUUGGCGCAAAAGAAACCGUGUUUGAAAUAUGACACAAUUCUGCAGAAGUUGUAUAAGAAUCCACCACCAGAGCUACGAAAAUUAAACGAAGAAAAUGCGGAAUUAUUCAAAUUGCUAACGAAACACUCAGGCAAGAAUAUAUCGACGCUACUUGAUGUUGAAAUGUUGUAUACAACUUUAAAAGUAGAAGCUGAAGCAGGACUGGUUUUACCUGAUUGGACAGAGAAUAUCUAUCCUGACAAAUUGGAGUCAUUAGCCGCUCGUAGUUACUCACUUUACACAGAAUCGAAUUUAAUGAAAAAAGUGAAAGGUGGAGCUUUUUUAGCGGAGAUUAUUAAAAAAAUGGAGAAUAAGCGAAGGAAGAAUUUAAAUCCUGAUCGUAAAAUAUUCUUAUACUCUGGGCAUGAUAUUACAUUGGUAAAUAUUAUGAAUACCUUAAAUAUACUGGAUCAAACAGAUACAUUACCAAGUUAUGCAUCUGCACUUUCGUUUGAGCUACAUCACAGUUCUUUGUUUAAAGACGAUUUCGAA